AUGUCGGCGCCCGCCUCGCCCCUCGAUACCGGUGCCACGUCCGGUCUGGAUGCUGCCGCGGCCCCGUCACCUCAAAUCCACGACCACCGCGAUGCGCCAACAGCAGCAACGACAGAGACAGCAACGACGACGACAGCGACAACAACAAGCGCAACCACGACAUCAUCGCAUGGGGAGGACGAUGACGAUACACACCGCUGUUUCAUUUGCUUGGUAGACGAGCCCGAAGCAGAAUUACCUUCGGACUGGGUAACGCCCUGCCAAUGUAGCCUCGAGGGCCACCAGGCGUGCCUGCUUACGUGGAUUGCCGACCUGGAAGCACAAGGCAAGACGGUUAAAUGCCCGGUCUGCAAGUCAAAGAUCGAUGUGAUAGACCGAUGGGACCCUGCUGUUCAGUUGAGCGACACCUUGACCCGACACCUGACGAGCCUGUCUCCUAUGGUCUUGCUGAGCUUCGGCGUUGGCGGAAUCAUUAUGAGUAGCGCUUUAUAUGGAAUGCAGGCACUGGAGACAUUUGCAGGACCGCAAGCCGCUGUGCGCUACAUAUUUGUCGAACCCGAGACUGAAGGUUACCUGGACGUUGUGCUCAAGCGACUGAAGAAUGCCCUGCCGUCGUUAGGGCCCAAUGAUACAGCUACUGCUCAGCAGAUCCUGUCGAGAGAAAACAUCCCUGUAGAUGGAGGUGUGACAGUGGAUUGGUUGCACUUUUUCAGCCUCACUCUUGUCGCCCCUGCUCUUGUACUCAACAGAAUGCCUCUGGGUGAGACGAUCAUGAUCCCAUCGUCACUCAUGUAUGCCAUAUUUCUUAGCGACCAUAGCACAGAUCUUCUCACCUGGCCGCCUUCAGGCCAAAAAGUCCUUGCUGCGUUCCCCGUUGCCAGGGCAUUUUACUUCCAUUUCCACCGCGCUGUCUCGAAAGCGCUGGAUCGUAGACUGGCGGCGGCUACUGCCAAUCCACUUGGUCAGCAGGGUGAUGUUGCGCAGCUAAACCCGGAGCCUCAAGUAGAACACGAAGAAGAAGGUCGCGAACACUUUAUCGAUGUCAAUCUCAACCUCAACCUGGGCGGUGGUGAGGAGGAUGAGGGAGACCAAGGAGCGGCAGCCAACCAACCUCAGGGCAACGGCAACGCUGUGCCCGUGAGGCCUAAUGCUGGAACUGGCGGUCUCUCGGGUCUGUUGAACUACCUGGCGGGAGCGCUGCUGUGGCCAACGGUGUCUUAUGGUGCUGGAAGUCUCCUCCGUCUGGCAUUGCCGGCUUCUUGGGUCACGAAACCAGCGUCGGGUCCUGCAACUGGCAUACUCCAAGAGAGAUGGGGUCGCAGUCUGGUCGGAGGAUGUCUUUUUGUGGUUCUCAAGGAUGCGUUCUUCCUCUAUGUCAAGUGGCGCACAACACUGAAUAGGCCAUACAGACGGAUUAGAAAUGUUGAUCGAAGGAUACGCUGA